CUCUUUAAGAGGACGAUUGACCCGGUGUUCCUCCACAAUGCGAAGAGCGGGGCACUGCGGGGCUUGGUGAUCGCCAUGUUCGUCAUUCUACUGUUAGGGUUCAGGGUUCAUUGGGAAGAUCAUAAAAGAAGUUAUCUCCGUGAUGAGGAUAUGGAAGCCCAGUAGAGUCUGCGACAUGCAGAGAAAGGACCCGACUGUCUCUAUCAAGACCGCUGUUUUGUUGGUGGCUGGCCCUUAUGCUUGCGCCUCUAUAACCAGCGUCCCCUCUCCAUUAUUCGGCAGCGAUAUCCAAACCAAUGCUUCCGUCUCAGGAAACGAGUAUUCGGACCUCAGAUUGACUUCUCACUCCCCAGAUCUUGAUGGAUGUCCCUAAUGGAUGUUCCUGGGCCAGAAUAGAACUUGGC